GAUAAGUGUUAAGUUAAAGCUUAAGUAUGGAGAAGAGGCUUCUUUUAUACCUGUUCAUUGGCUGCACCUUGGUUGCUAACCUGGAGGAAUUUGUGGCUGCAAAGGUAAGGCAUUACAAAUUUGACGUGGAAUAUAUUUACUGGUCACCUGACUGCGAGGAGAGGAUGAUGAUCGGGAUCAAUGGGAGGUUUCCAGGUCCGACUAUUCGUGCAAAGGCCGGUGACACCAUUGUUGUCGAGCUCAAGAAUAGUCUGCCCACCGAAGGUGUUGUCAUCCAUUGGCAUGGUAUCAAACAGCUUGGAACACCUUGGGCCGAUGGAACUGCAUCGAUAUCACAGUGUGCAGUCAACCCAGAUGAAACAUUUGUAUAUAGGUUUCAAGUUGACAAGGCUGGAACAUACUUCUACCACGGGCAUUACGGCAUGCAGAGAGCAGCAGGGCUCUAUGGUUCUCUCAUAGUGGACAAGGCAGAUGGUGAGGAAGAGCCCUUCCACUACGAUGGGGAGCUCAGUCUCCUCUUAAGCGACUGGUGGCAUGAGAGCGUCCAUGCUCAGAUGCUGGGUCUCACCUCCAUACCCUUUCGCUGGGUUGGAGAACCACAGGCAAUAUUGGUCAAUGGCAGAGGCCAAUACAACUGUUCUCUUGCAGCGCACCUCACUGGGGAAACUAGUUCGUGCAAAAUCACAAACAACCAGUGCGCUCCUGUUGUGCUCCAAGUUCACCCAAAAAAGACUUACAGACUGAGGAUUGCCAGCACAACAUCACUAUCGGCUCUAAAUCUAGCGAUCGGGAAUCACAACAUGACUGUGGUUGAAGCAGAUGGAAACUAUGUGGAACCAGUUACUGUGAAUGACACGGACAUCUACUCGGGUGAGAGUUACUCUGUUAUCAUCAAAACUGAUCAAAACUCAUCAUUAAACCACUGGAUCUCGAUUGGUAUUAGAGGAAGACUUCCAAAAACCCAAAAUGCUCUUGCCAUCUUAAAUUACCAUCCUAACUCCCCGUCAAAGUUACCUUCUUACAAGCCUCCUGUGACCCCACAAUGGAAUGACUAUACACAUAGCAAAGAAUUUACCUACAAAAUACUAGCUAGGCAAGGCACACAAGCGCCGCCAGCCAAUUCUGACAGACAGAUUGCCCUGCUUAAUACCCAGAACAAAAUUGAUGGAUAUAUUAAAUGGUCAAUCAACAACGUCUCAUUGGUUCUUCCAUCUACACCAUAUCUUGGGUCAAUGAGGUUUAACUUGAAGAAUGCAUUUGACACUGAAAAGCCACCAGAGAAUUUCUCAGAAGACUACGAUGUGAUGAGGCCACCAAUCAAUCCCAAUUCAACAGAAGGUAGCAGUGUUUAUAAGCUUAAGUUCAACAGCACUAUUGAUGUGGUGCUUCAGAAUACAAAUGCGCUCACUGGGAAUGUAAGUGAGAUACAUCCAUGGCAUUUGCAUGGGCAUGACUUUUGGGUACUAGGUCACGGUGAUGGAAAGUUCAGAAAAAAUGAUGUGUCCAAGUUUAAUCUGAGGAAUCCACCGCUGCGGAAUACAGUUGUGAUUUUUCCCUAUGGAUGGACAGCAAUAAGAUUUGUUGCAAACAACCCUGGAGCCUGGGCAUUCCACUGCCACAUAGAGCCACAUUUGCACAUGGGGAUGGGCAUAAUCUUGGCUGAAGGAGUUGAACUCAUAAGUAAAAUACCAAAUGAAGCCCUUGCUUGUGGUAUUACAGGACAGGUGCUGAUGAAUAACAAACGUCACUGAAGGACAUAUGGCAGAAUUUAUAGUCAAAUGUAAAUAUCUGAAGUGGUAGGGAGGUAAAGAUGUUAAAGAAGAGUGAAGGAAAGGGGGUAGGUGUAGUGUGUGUGUGUGUGUGUUUAGGGGCGCUUGUGGGCUAAUGCAGUGAUGAUGGAAGGCUAAAUGGAUUUAGAUUCAAACGUAAAUAUCACGUAGUAUAUAAAACAUGAUAUGAACCAUAAUGACAUAUUUUGUUGUUAGAAGAAAAGUUAGGUUGUUUUUGGAUUAUCCAGUUAGAUCGUAAGGAAUUUGAAUAGUCUAACUAUGGGUAAGUUUGAUUCAUUGUAUGUAUCUAGAAAUAGUUGGAUUUCAGAAGUGAGUUCAAAUGUUUUUAGAAAAACUAAAUGGAAUGAGUUAACAUUCUUGUAA